AACGCAGAGAUUUUCGAGAGGUUUUGCGUACUUUUCAUCUCGUAUUUCAAAAAACACCACAAACUUUCCAUUUUCUUCGUAUCCUCCCCUCGCUCAAAAACCAACUCUGCUUUCAAUUUCUUUUAUUUUUCAGAUUCAAUAACCACAAAACAAAUCAAAACAACAACAACAACAAAAAUGGCAAUCUCUGAUAACUGCCGCCAGUCUCUCAUUCCUAGCUUCCUCUAUUCCACAACUACAUCACCCUUUGGUUUCGACACGUCUUCGAUUAACGCCAAUCAUCGUCACCAUCACCAUGUGCUGCGUCGAUCACCGUCCGUUUCGCCAUCGCCAUUGCCAUCGCCAUCGACGAAUUACUUGGGUGUCGGUGAUGCAGGGAUUACUUCGGGUAGGAUUUUGAUACCUGCACCGAAGGAGAAGAUCGAGAUGCACUCGCCCGCUUUUUACGCUGCGUGUACGAUGGGUGGGAUAUUAAGCUGUGGUCUUACUCACACUGCUGUCACGCCUCUUGAUCUUGUCAAGUGUAAUAUGCAGAUCGACCCAGUAAAAUACAAGAGCAUCUCAUCUGGGUUUGGAAUCUUGCUGAAGGAGCAAGGUAUUAAAGGUUUAUCCAAGGGUUGGGUGCCUACUCUGCUCGGUUACAGUGCCCAGGGCGCUUGUAAAUUUGGCUUCUAUGAGUUCUUCAAGAAGUACUAUUCAGACCUUGCGGGUCCUGAAUAUGCAUUAAAGUAUAAGACCCUGAUUUUUCUUGCUGGUUCAGCAUCAGCUGAAGUGAUUGCUGAUGUUGCUCUCUGCCCCAUGGAGGCUGUCAAAGUCCGUGUGCAAACUCAGCCGGGAUUUGCCCGAGGUUUAUCAGAUGGAUUACCAAAGUUUUUGAAGGCUGACGGCUUUGGCGGGUUGUUCAAAGGACUCGUUCCUCUCUGGGGACGACAGAUUCCAUAUACGAUGAUGAAAUUUGCAUCUUUUGAAACAAUUGUAGAGCUACUCUACAGGCAUGCCAUCCCAACCCCGAAAGAUAAGUGCAGUAAAUCAUUGCAACUUGCGGUGAGCUUUGCUGGUGGAUACAUAGCUGGUGUUUUCUGUGCUGUUGUGUCACAUCCUGCUGACAACCUAGUCUCUUUUCUCAACAAUGCCAAGGGAGCAACAGUCGGUGACGCGGUGAAGAAGAUGGGAUUGUUGGGUCUUUGCACCCGUGGACUUCCCCUUCGUAUUGUCAUGAUUGGAACCCUUACUGGUGCACAAUGGGGAAUCUAUGAUGCUUUUAAAGUUUUUGUUGGGCUGCCAACCACUGGCGGUGGUGCUCCCACUCCUGCACCUGCAAAGGCAGGAAAAAGUAUGUAGUUCGUGGAGAACGCAAUGCUACUUUAGUUAAUUCAUGUAUGAAUUUUAUAAAGGGGAUUCCCCUUAUUGAGAGCAAUAAUAAGGUUGAUGUCCACCAAUUGCGAAUUUUUUAGUGUACGGAUUUUGUUCUUUGUUCUUAUUUUGUAGGUACCCAUUCAAGCUGUAACCAAACGAUGAUUGAAACUUUGAUUUCAAACGAACAUAGGUUUGGGUUAAGUUUAA